AUUCCCGCUGCUCGUACAGCAACCAUGUUCCCCCUCCUCCUGCUCGUUGCGCUGCUCGCCCCCCUCGUCGCAGCAUCGCCGAUCGCGCGGUCGAACAAGUCCGGAUUCCUCUGCGGCAUCCCGUUCUUCUCGUACGGCUGCGAGCAGACUCGUGCGGACCCCCUGACCAUCGUGACUUCGCUGGGGACUGCUGUGGGUAGUCUGACGAGCGAUGGGGCGUAUCGCUUCCCCGUCAAGUACGCGAAUGCGGAUAGGUGGAAGACAUCGAGCGUGGUGGACAACUGGGAGCUCCCGUACGUCCUCGAUCGUUCAUGUCCGCCACAUAUGCUGAUGCGAUAUAGGAACGGCGCGGACGAUGCGACGGCCACACCCAAGGCGUGUCCGCAGCCCAACAUGGACGACUCCGAGUACUCUGAAGACUGUCUGUCCAUGAUCCUCUACGUGCCCCCUAACCUCUCGGUCUGGGGCGGUGUACCGACGCUUAUGUGGGUUCACGGCGGCUCCUUCUACGUUGGCUCGGCGAGCAACGACGGCCUCGACGGGUCCAAGCUUGCCAUUGCAACUGGCUCUAUCGUCGCAGUCGUGCAGUACCGUCUCGGUGCCCUCGGGUUUAUGGCGCCUGAUGAUAGCACCAACCUCGCCGUGCAGGAUGUCAUGAACGCCAUGAAGUUCGUACAGGGCGUCGUCUCUUCCUUCGGCGGCAACUCGAAGAUCACGCUCUCCGGCCAGAGCAGCGGGGCGAACAUGAUUCGCGCACUGCUCGCCACACCGUCUGCAGACGACCUAUUCGAGUCAGCCAUUCUUCAGAGCGACACAAUUGACUACGGCUUCCUCACCCCCAGCACCCAAUCCACCCUGCAGUCGCACUUCAACGGCCUCAUCAACUGCGCCGACGGCUCCGAAUCGUGCACCUCCGCCCUCUCCCUCUCGACCAUCCUCGACGCCUCGUCCUCCCUCUUCGCCGACGCGUACAGCCUCGACCCUUCCGCAACCCAGUUCGCCCCCAUGCGCCCCGUCCGCGAUGGCGCCCUCAUCACCUCCGCGCUCGACCUUACAUCCUCGCCCUUCCCCGCCGUCUCCAAGCCCAUUCUACUGACCACCGUCGCCAACGAGGCCGCGCCCACGAUCUACGGCAACAUGCCCGCCCUGGGCGCGGAGUACUUCUUCAACAUCGCGGCUGCGAGCUACGGCGACGACCGCACGGAGACGCUCGAGAACUCGACGUACUACUCGACGGACGGCGUCAGCGAUAUCCGCCCCGUGCUCGAGACGCUCGGCACGGACUCGAUCUGGCGCUGCCCCGCGUGGUCGCUCGCGAGGCUGUGGGCCGGCGCGGGGGCGAGCGCCUACGUGGGCGUCUACACCCACGGCGCGACGUACCCCAGCAACUCCGGCGUCUCGCAGUGCGCCUCGGGCGGCCUCGUCUGCCACGAGGACGACAUCUACAUCGUCUUCGGGACGACGCCGAACCCCAGUUCCGCGCAGUCCGCGCUGACGAGGGAGGUGCAGGCGCGGUACAAGGCGUUCAUGUCGGGCGGGAAGCCCAAUGCGGGUGGGUACGCGAAGUGGGGGAAGGCGGGUACGGGGGACGUGAAGCCGCUGAACUUGGGCGGGACGAGUGCGAUUGAGGUGGGGGCGUGCGAUCCAGGGUUUUGGGGGAAGGAGGUGGAGUAUGAUUACCAGGUUUAUGGGGCGUGAGGGGGUGUUAUUUCUGUCUACACGGACUGCCUUUUCAUUCGCUCUGCCGUUGACCCUCGGCCCACUCAUUGUCGCUUCAUUGCCUCUCCCAACCCCCAGACUCGCCCCCAUCUUGUAGCAUACGCCGGCUUCGUACUUAUGUCCCUCCCACCCCUUCUGUAGCUUUACUGCAAUCUCAGUGAAUUGUUCAUUGCUCUAUUGUGAAUGUGCGGCGCUCGAUAGAGAGAUGAGAGGUGGAACGAGGGAGCUGAGAGAGGGUGGGGGCGAGCCAUCGGCGUGUGGAGGCGGAGGGUAGCGCGACGGGGAGGGGGGGAGGGUG